AUGAGAGUUAUGAACAUUAAUAUUGGUAGUACACCAAAAUUAUUUAAAUCAGUGAGAUAUUCUCUGGCCGCCGUUAAUUCUAUAUUUUUGAUAAAGGGAAUUAUACUGCCUAUACUUGGAGUAACGUUUUUGGUAAAACAUAAGGUUUACGACCAAAUAAUUACCAAUAGAUUUAUUAAUUUACCUGCUUUUACUAUAGCAACAGGAGUUCUGAUUUUAGCCAUCGCCGUUUUGGGUUACUAUGGAGCUUUUUCCGAAAAAUUUUACGUCGUUGCUGGUUACGCAGCUCUCAUGGUAGUAAUAUUUGUUUUUGAGAUGACGAUAACAAUAAUAGCGUUUGACCUUCGCAAUAGUUCAGCGACAGCAAUAAGAACACCAAUGGUGGAAAGUAUGAAUUUAUAUGAAGCGAGAAGGGAUAUUGCCAGGCUAUGGGACGAUUUGCAAAUGAGCUUUGAGUGCUGCGGGGUGUCUGGUCGCCACGACUGGUCCAAUCGUAUACCAAUCAGCUGUUGUCACAUCGACUACGGAACUAUAUCACCGUUUCAGUGCAAUAUUAGUAACUCUUACCCAACUGGCUGCGCGUCUGCUCUCGGCGGUUGGUUCAGCAAAAAUGCGCAUGUUAUAGGCACUUUUGCUGCUGUAUUUACUUCGAUACAGGCUUUGUUGACAGCAAUGUCCGGGUGGCUAGCGUGGAGGGCCAAGUUCGAAGAAGUUGAGUUGGAGUCGUAA